UUUUACUCAAGAAUAGGAGUUGAUGUAUUAUAUACGAGAAAUUAACAUUAUGGGUUAAUCAAAAUAUCUAAUACAGAUGCGUUAACAUCAGAUCCAUUUGAACCUCUGCCAUAACCAGCAGGUCCUAUUAUUGUGCUCACAUAACGUGUGGCCCCAUAUAAUCUAAUCCAUGCUGAAGUUACUCCAUUACUGCGAAUCAUAUAGUAGAUUAACCAUGAAUUUCUCACGCGAUCCAAAUAAAAAUAAAUGACAAAAUGCCCCUCCAUUAAUACAUUGACACAUCCACUUCAUCUAUUCUUCCUUUUGUCUUUCAUGAACUGAUUGUUCUUUUUUUAUUCUUCCUUUGAAUGGAACGUGUCUUGCUGUCUUUCCGUGAUGAUCAUUGAAUCCCGUCUCGUUGUUAUCCUGCUCACUUUCACAGCUGGAGGUCUAUUCUUGGCCAUAUCCCACCACACGGCCAAUCUCCAUAAUUAUAAACCCAUUGCAAUCGAUAUUCUCGACCAUGCUCACAUACAUAAUGACAAUACUCCGCUAGGAGAAUAUAACUAUUGCCAGGCAUCACGGCCAACGUUGAAGACAUAUCCAUCACCUAAGUUAAAGGGAUCAACCUUGAUGAAUUCACAGAUCUUUAUUCGUCAUGGCGAUCGCACGCCAAUUGCUGUCCUACCAUUAGAUUUAAAUCUGACGUGGGACUGCACUAAUGCGGAUGCAUUUGCCUUCACAGGAUUCCGUACAAAAAAGGACGAACGUGCACCUUUUCAGUACGCUAACGUGGUUGCUCAUCAAGUCGUUACAACCUCGGGAUCACCUUUUGCUGCAACACGUAUGUGGAAGGGCAACUGUAUGCCGGGCCAAUUGACACCUGUAGGAGCCAUGCAGCAUCGCAAACUGGGCGCAGCUCUUCGUCAGAUCUAUGUUGAUAAUCUAAAAUCGCUACCUGCUGACUAUGACCCCGAAACUGUUUACAUUCGCAGUACUGACUUUUGGCGUACAAAGCAGAGUGCGGAGAAUUUUAUGGCAGGACUCUAUGGCAUUCAGCACCACUCAGAAUCUUCACCGCCUCCUGUGUUGCAUAUUCAUACUCUUCCAACUGAGAUUGACUAUCUGACUAUAAAUUCUGGGGCCUGCCCGCGCGUCUCACAAUUGCGAACCGCGAUUGGCAAGUCCUCCGAGGCCUUAAGGAAGCUACGAGAGGAUAAUGUUGAGUUCAAUAACGAGUUGAUUGAGAUCUUGGGCGAAGAAAAAUCAUGGUCUGGUUAUUUGGACACGGUCAUGCCCAGGAUAUGUCAUAAAAUGCCAUUGCAAUGCAAUGGAGAUAAAUGUGUGACCUCUAAGGCAGCCAAAAGGAUACUUGACAAUGUUCAUGUCCAAAAUACAGUGAUGUAUCGAGAUGGCAACGGCGUGCUUGAGUUGUUGCAAUUAGGUAUCGGACCUUUGGCAAGUGAUAUUAAGCAGAACUUGUUAAUAGCCAAGGAAGGUAAUAGCAAAGUCCGGUUGAGCUUUUACUCUGGGCAUGACACGACCAUCCAGCCAUUGCUGGGUAUGUUUGACGCUGAAGACCAGCAAUGGCCUCCUUAUGCAUCAAACAUAAUACUAGAACUCUGGAAAUCCUCCCCCGGUGAGCACUUUGUCCGUGUCCUUUACAAUGGCGAGGUUCUCGAUGUGAAAUCGAACUGGUGUGAUCUUGAGUGGUGUCCUUUUGAUACCUUCAUUAAGUAUCUGGACAGAUUUAUUCUUAAAGACCUCAUGGCAAAAUGCCAGAGUCAGUAAAAUAAAAGCUUUGAUAGCAGAGAGUAAAUAUGUGUAAAAG